AUGGCUGCCUUACUGAUCCCACGGAGGAACAGAGGGAUGAGGACUCGCCUGGGCUGCCUGUCUCACAAAUCAGACUCAUAUAAUGAUUUCACAGCUAUUCUUCCGGACAAGCCCAACCGGGCUUUGAAAAGACUGUCAACAGAAGAGGCAACAAGAUGGGCAGACUCUUUUGAUGUCCUUUUGUCCCAUAAAUAUGGGCUGGCUGCUUUCCGCGCUUUCCUAAAGACUGAGUUCAGCGAGGAAAACCUGGAGUUCUGGCUCGCCUGCGAGGACUUCAAGAAGACACGCUCGGCAGCCAAGCUGGCCUCCAAGGCCCAGCGGAUCUUCGAGGAAUUCAUCGACGUGCAGGCUCCUCGAGAGGUGAACAUAGACUUCCAGACACGGGAGCUGACAAGAAGAAAUAUGCAGGAGCCCUCCCUCUCUUGCUUUGACCAAGCUCAGGGGAAGGUGCACAGCCUGAUGGAGAAAGACUCUUACCCCAGGUUCCUGAGAUCCAAAAUUUACACAGACCUGCUGUCUCAAACCCAGAGGAGGCUCAGCUAG